AUGAGUGAACGACGUAUGGUUGGAGUUCCGCCAAGUGCCGGGGCCAGGAGACCACGUAAGUUUUGAAAUUUUAGUUAGAAAAUUCUAAUAAAACAUUUUCAGGCGGUGGAGCUACUCCUUCCGGUGCAACUCCUUCUCGAUCAUCUGCAAGAUCAGCGAAAAGACCAAAGAAAGAAGAACCAGAAGAUGAUGAAGAAGAAAAAAGACAAUCUGAAGAUGAAGAAGAGAAAAAUCCAGAUUCUGAAGAAGAAGAGGAGGAGGAAGAUGAUGAUUCAGAUGCUGAAGUUGAAGCAACUCCUGUUCGAAAAGGUCGAGGACCUGGAAAACGGAAGAGAGGAACUGCGAAAUUAACCGAUUAUCAUUUGAAAAAGAAAUCAAUUAUGGCUCGAAAAGCACAACGAGAAGCUGAAAGAGAAAAAGAACGGGAAGAAAAUGGUGGACAAUUAUUGAAAGAAAAGAAAAAAGAGGAGGAAAAGGAGAAAGUGCCAGCGAGAAAAGCACCGAUUUAUUCCGAAUUUACACCAUUGCAAUUGCUAUUAGAUCAUAUUUUGAGAAAAAUUGUUGCGAAAGAUCCAGAAGGUUAUUUUGCAACCCCAGUGACUAAAAGUGUCGCGCCAGAUUAUCAUGAAAUUGUCAAAGAGCCGAUGGAUUUUCAAACAGUUCGUGAAAAAAUCGAAGACAACAAAUAUGAUUCGAUGACUGAAUUGCAAAAAGAUUGUGAAUUAAUUGUGACAAAUGCGAUGGCUUAUAAUCAACAAAAUACCGUGUUUUAUCUCGCAGCCGCGCGUCUAAAAACUCUCAUCAAUUAUUAUUUUGGAGAGCAAUAUCUUCGAUUCGUUUUUCAUUCUCUACCAUUUGCCAAACAGAUUCCAUUAGAAAAAGCGGGUCUAACACCAUUGGCACCACUUCCGAAAGCUUCAUUAUAUAUAAAUAAACGCAAAAAUGCUUUGGUUGAUGAUUUAACAAGCGAUCAAUUGUUGGAAAAUGUCGAUUCGAAGAUUCGUGGCAAACUUGCUCCACGAAAACCCAACGCAAAACUCGCAUUUUUGUCGGAAAAAGAUGGAACAAUGGUGUUGAAUGUUUUGUCGGAUGAAACCUUGCAAAAUCGCGAGAAAAAAGUGACACUUGGUGAUAUAAUUGGGCCAUUGGAAGAGGGAACACCGGGAUUGAUUCAACUUGGCGAACAUCGACUUUAUUCGCAAUCACCCAUCAAUUAUUUGAAUUAUGGACCGUUUGCGUCGUUUGCACCGCAAUAUGAUUCGACGUGGGCGACGAUGACGAAAGAGGAUAGUGAUUUGUUUUUGAGGUGAGAUUGAGGUUAUAUUUCCGCUUACACGGAAGUGCAUAAGGUCAGGUGUUGAACUUUUGAUGAAACAUAUCGAAAUAUACCAAAUCGACCAUGCUGAUCACGAAUCCGAAGUCAAAAAUUGCCACAAAUUCCUGUGAGCACUUUUCUGGAGCUCCAAAAUUGAAAUGAAGUUUUAGUUUUUAGCCGUUUUCACCAUGUUUCAGGGUGGAAAAUCAAUUUUUAUAACAUGAAUAAGAUUGUUCACCACAUUCGAAAACCUAUCAGCUUUUUAGUUUUUCAAAAAAUAUGAAAUAGCAGCUGAAAACUGUAAUUUUUUAAAAUGCUCGGAAAACUUUAAAAAACGUGUGUAUUUACGUGUGUUUGUGUAUAUUUUCAAAACUUUUCAUAAAAAUUACAGUUUUCAGCUGCUAUUUGAUAUUUUUUGAAAAACUAAAAAGCUGAUAGGUUUUCGAAUGUGGGGAACAACCUUAUUCAUGUUAUAAAAAUUGAUUUUCCACCCUGAAAAAUGGUGAAAACGGGCAAACAACAAAACUUCAUUCAACUUUGGAGCUCCAGAAAAGUUCUCACAGGAAUUUGUGGCAAUUUUUGACUUCGGAUUCGUGAUCAGAAUGUUCAUUUUGGUAUAUUUUGAUAUGUUUCAUCAAAAGUUCAACACCUGACCUUAUGCACUUCCCUUGUUAGAAAUUCGUGAAUCAACAAUUAAAUUUCAGAACAUAUGGCGAUAAAACGAAUGCAGUGGAAGCGAUGUCAAUGAAAGCAUUCGUCGCAGAUUCUGGAGAAUUUAUGAUGAGAAUUGUUGAUGAUAUGCUCGAUUCUCUGACAAAUGGUGAACAUUCGAAAGUAUUGAAAGAGACUGGAGAGAAGAAAGAGGAUGAAAAUGAUAGGAAAUUGAGGGAGUAUUAUGCGCAAGAAGUUGCGGUAAGUUCGAGAAAACAUCCUCAAAAAUUCUGUAAAUAUCAUAAUUGUUUUUCCAGAUGAAUGGACCACUUCAAUUGAUCGAUGAUGUUUCAACUUUAUCAAAUCUCGGAAUCGAUGUUGGAUUUUUGAAUGAUGUUCGAAGUGAUUUAUAUAAUAAACCAAAAGAGCCACAAGAAAAUGGAAUUUGUCACAUGAAUACUCAACAACAAUUGAAUCAUAUUGGACAAGGAAUUCAGGAUUUGGCACAUUUGCAGCAGAAUCGACUGCAACAACAACCGCCGCCUUCUUUGAUACAUGUUCAGGAAGCGGGAAGUGUUGAGCAGAAAUUGGCUGAAAAUGUGCAACAACAAUUGGUUCAACAGGUAAUUUCUUUUUUGGAAUUUCGAAUGUUAAGAAUAUUUUUAGAAUUUUGAAAAAAUUCACUGUUUCAAAGUUUUCAUUUGUUAGAAGUUUAGGAAUUUUUAAUUAAUGUUUUUCACUAGAACCUGAAAAUAUAAUCAUGUAUUUUUGGAAUUUCAACACAUUUGAGAGAGAUAUUUUCAGUUAAAAAUCUGAAAUUUAUGGUUUAUAAUUUUUAAAAAUUCUCUAUAAAAUUCCAUUGUUUCAAUAUUUUUUGAAUUUUGAAAAUUUAAAUUUUUCUAUUAUGUGACCUAUUCCAUAAAACUCCACAAAAAUGAACAAAAAAUUUUAUUAUAACAAUUUUUCACUGUUUCAAAGUUUUCAUUUAUUCUAGAAGUUUAGGAAUUUUUAAUUGACGCUGCAUUUUCGGAAUUUCAACACAUUUUAAGUUUGGUGAGGGAUAUUUUCAGCUAAAAAUCUGAAAUUUUCUCAAUUUUUAAAAAUUCUAUGUAAAAUUCCACCGUUUCAAAUUUUUUUGAAUUUUGAGAAUUAAAAUUUUUCUGCUAUUUGAACGGUUCCAACUUUUAAAAAAUAAAGAGAAGAUUUAUUAUACCAAUUUUUCACUGUUUCAAAGUUUUCAUUUACUUUAGAAGUUUAGGAAUUUUUAAUGUUUUUUCAAUAGAACCUGAAAAUAUUAUCUCUUAAAUUCACACGUUCUCAUGUAUUUUCGGAAUUUAGUGAGAGAUAUUUUCAGCUGAAAAUCUGAAAUUUUCAAAAAUUCUCUAUCAAAUUCCACUAUUUCAAAAUUUUUUUGAAUUUUGAGAAUUUAAAUUUUUCUCUGUUUUGUGAACUCUUCUCUUCAACUCCACAAAAAAAAAUUUCAUAUACCAAUUUUCUACUGUUUCAAAGUUUUCAUUUCAUCCAAAUAUUCCAAUUUUGCAGGUUUCAACUCUCACUCAACCAUCCGAUUUGGUGUCAGCUCCAGUUUUACACGACGCAAUGGGUAUGGAAUUCGAUGAUGAUUUGAUGAGCGAAUUUUUCGUCACUACUUAA